AUAUAAAUAUUGGUCGCAGUAAAAAUUAAGUACUUAACAAAUAUAGUUCUUCGCUUUUGAAUGAUUGCUAAAAGUUGUACUCAUUGCGUCCGAGUGUUGUUCGCAAAUAAUAUAUAGUUGAACAAAAGUGACACGUGUGUGAAUCUCAUAAGUCAACGUUGCGAAAAUUAAUCAAACUUAUUGGGUACUGUACGCAGAGGAUAACAAUUCAAAAUGGAAGACGGCCACGCAAAAACCGUCGAACAAACUCUGAACUUCUUUGGCACAGACGGAGAACGCGGUCUAUCCGCUGAUCAGGUCAAGGCGAACCAGAAAAAAUAUGGACCUAAUGAAUUGCCGACUGAGGAAGGAAAGAGUAUUUGGCAACUAGUUUUAGAGCAGUUCGACGAUCUUCUGGUGAAGAUUUUGCUAUUGGCAGCCAUCAUUUCAUUUGUAUUAGCGCUUUUUGAAGAACAUGAAGAGACGUUCACUGCAUUUGUAGAACCUUUAGUCAUUUUACUUAUUCUAAUUGCAAAUGCUGUCGUUGGUGUUUGGCAAGAAAGAAAUGCCGAGUCAGCAAUUGAAGCACUCAAAGAAUACGAGCCCGAGAUGGGUAAAGUAGUUCGGCAAGAUAAGUCUGGUAUUCAGAAAGUGAGAGCGAAAGAAAUUGUUCCUGGAGAUUUGGUUGAGGUGUCUGUCGGUGACAAGAUCCCAGCUGAUAUUCGUAUUACUCACAUCUAUUCCACAACAUUGAGAAUUGAUCAGUCCAUCCUGACCGGUGAGUCAGUAUCAGUUAUUAAGCACACAGACGCUAUCCCAGAUCCUCGUGCUGUUAACCAGGACAAGAAGAAUAUCCUAUUCUCUGGCACAAAUGUUGCUGCCGGCAAAGCACGUGGCGUUGUUAUUGGAACUGGUCUCAUGACUGCCAUCGGUAAGAUCCGUAUUGAGAUGUCCGAAACGGAGGAGAUCAAGACACCAUUGCAACAGAAAUUGGAUGAAUUCGGCGAGCAGCUGUCUAAGGUUAUCUCCAUCAUUUGCGUUGCUGUCUGGGCCAUCAACAUUGGACACUUUAACGAUCCCGCCCACGGUGGAUCAUGGAUCAAGGGAGCCAUCUACUAUUUCAAGAUUGCUGUCGCCUUGGCUGUCGCUGCCAUUCCCGAGGGUCUACCCGCUGUUAUUACCACUUGCUUGGCUCUGGGCACACGUCGCAUGGCCAAGAAGAAUGCCAUUGUUCGCUCCCUGCCAUCUGUUGAGACUCUGGGCUGCACUUCGGUCAUCUGCUCUGAUAAAACUGGCACACUCACUACCAACCAAAUGUCCGUCUCCCGCUUGUUUGUCUUCGAUAAGGUAGAGGGCAAUGACAGCAGCUUUUUGGAAUUCGAAUGUACCGGAUCGACCUACGAACCAAUUGGUGAGCUCUUCCUUGGCGGCCAGCGUGCAAAGGCCAGCGAUUACGACACUCUGCAGGAAUUGGCCACCAUCUGCAUCAUGUGCAAUGACUCGGCCAUUGAUUACAACGAAUUCAAGCAGGCUUUCGAGAAGGUCGGUGAAGCAACUGAAACCGCAUUGAUUGUGCUGUCCGAGAAAUUGAAUGCUUUCAACGUUAACAAGUCCGGUUUGGAUCGCAGAUCAGCUGCCAUUGCUUGCCGUGGCGAGAUUGAGACCAAAUGGAAGAAGGAAUUCACUCUGGAGUUCUCACGCGAUCGUAAAUCCAUGUCCUCCUACUGCACACCAUUGAAGGCCUCUCGCCUGGGCACUGGUCCCAAACUGUUUGUCAAGGGUGCUCCCGAAGGUGUGCUGGAACGUUGCACACACGCUCGCGUCGGCACAUCCAAGGUUCCUCUGACAUCGGCACUGAAGAGCAAGAUUCUUGCUCUAACUGGCCAAUAUGGUACUGGACGCGAUACUCUACGUUGUUUGGCCCUUGCCGUUGCCGACAGUCCAAUGCGUCCCGAUGAGAUGGAUCUGGGAGACUCGACCAAGUUCUAUCAAUAUGAAGUGAAUCUGACCUUUGUCGGUGUCGUUGGCAUGUUGGAUCCUCCACGUAAAGAAGUAUUCGAUUCGAUUGUUCGUUGCCGUGCCGCUGGUAUUCGUGUCAUUGUUAUCACUGGUGACAACAAGGCCACCGCUGAAGCAAUCUGCCGUCGCAUUGGCGUCUUUACCGAAGACGAAGACACCACUGGCAAAUCGUAUUCUGGACGUGAAUUUGAUGAUCUGUCGCCUGCUGAACAAAAGUCUGCCGUUGCCCGUUCUCGUCUCUUCUCCCGCGUGGAGCCACAGCACAAAUCGAAGAUUGUUGAGUUCCUGCAGGGCAUGAAUGAAAUCUCCGCCAUGACAGGUGAUGGUGUCAAUGACGCUCCCGCUUUGAAGAAGGCUGAAAUUGGUAUUGCCAUGGGCUCUGGUACCGCUGUCGCCAAAUCUGCCGCUGAAAUGGUCUUGGCUGAUGAUAACUUCUCAUCUAUUGUAUCCGCUGUUGAAGAAGGUCGCGCUAUUUAUAACAACAUGAAGCAGUUUAUCCGUUAUCUGAUUUCAUCCAACAUUGGUGAAGUUGUUUCCAUCUUCCUAACGGCUGCUCUUGGUUUGCCUGAAGCUUUGAUUCCAGUUCAGCUCUUGUGGGUUAACUUGGUUACUGAUGGUCUCCCAGCCACUGCUCUUGGCUUCAAUCCACCCGAUUUGGAUAUCAUGGAAAAACCACCCAGGAAGGCCGACGAAGGUUUAAUCUCUGGAUGGCUGUUCUUCCGUUACAUGGCCAUUGGUUUCUACGUCGGUGCAGCAACUGUUGGUGCCGCCACUUGGUGGUUCUUGUUCUCGUCUGAGGGUCCAAGCCUAACAUACUGGCAACUCACUCAUCAUCUGUCCUGCUUGGGCGGUGGCGAGGAAUUCAAAGGUGUCGAUUGCAAGAUCUUCAGCGAUCCUCAUGCAAUGACCAUGGCCUUGUCUGUGCUCGUCACAAUUGAAAUGUUGAAUGCCAUGAACAGCUUAUCCGAGAAUCAAUCUUUGAUUUCAAUGCCUCCAUGGUGCAACAUGUGGUUGAUUGGUUCAAUGGCCCUUUCCUUCACUCUUCACUUUGUUAUUCUUUAUGUGGAUGUACUUUCUAACGUCUUCCAAGUGACACCGUUGUCUGCUGAGGAAUGGAUAACUGUGAUGAAAUUCUCAAUUCCUGUAGUUUUAUUAGAUGAAACAUUGAAAUUUGUUGCUAGAAAAAUCGCAGAUGGUGAGAGCAUGAUAUAUAAAAUGCAUGGGAUUGUGUUAAUGUGGGCUGUCUUCUUUGGCCUGCUGUACGCUAUGAUGCUUUAAGAAUAUAAUAAUUAUAAUCAUUAAGCCCAACAACAUCAUUAUUCUAAUUACUAGCAUAAAGUGUUACUAAAUAUAAAAAAAAAAGAAUUACCUAAAAGUAACGACUUUAACCACCACAACAAACAACAACAAAAACAACAUCAAGAACAACAUAGAUUUGAUUCCGAAUAUUACUAAAACUCACAAUAUUUUGAUAAGCGAUCAAGUUACCCCUUAAUUUAAAACCAACGCCGUGAACUGGUCAAUAGAUUAUGAGCUAACGAUUAAUUUAAUACGUUUACAUACAAUUUCUGUUCUGUUU